GGUAUAUUGACAGCUUUAGCGCUUUCAUGUAAAGUGAAUGAAGUGUCAAGUUUUGAUAGAAAACAUUACUUUUAUGCUGAUUUACCAGCUGGUUAUCAAAUAACACAACAAAGAGCUCCAUUAGCUAUCGAUGGCGUAAUAAAUUUUCAGGUAUUUACACCAGGUGUCCACAAAAAGCCAUACAAUAAGAGUUCAAAAAUUAAGCAAAUUCAGCUAGAGCAGGACAGUGGUAAAUCACUGCAUGACAGUGAUUUAAAGAGGAGUCUUGUUGAUCUUAAUAGAGCAGGAGCACCGCUAAUUGAGCUCGUGUUUGAACCUGAUUUAGAGGUAAUUUUAUAAAAUACUAGCUGUACACGGCCACCCAUUGCUGUCGCUCGUACAGUUUAUAUAAACAUGUGCAUAUUCAAAUGCAACAAUGUGUCAAUAUUUUAAAGCAAUUGGUUACAGUCUUACUAAGUUUUAAGAUUUUGAACAAACAAAAAUUAAGAUUUUUAUUUAUAUAGAUUAACUUUUUAUAUGGUAGGUGUGUAUUUGUGAUGUAAGAAUAUCAACUAUCCCAUUUCAUCCUGUGGGUGUCGUAAGAUUUUUUUUUCGUGGGAUAAGGUUGACAAACGAGCACACAGUCCACCUGAUGGUAAGUGGUUGCUGUGGCCCAUAGACAUCUAAAUCUAUCCUCGUUUCCAAAUCAAAAUGCAGAUGCGUUGUCACCCGUGAGGACUAAGAUAGAAUGCCUCAUUUCCAGUAAAAAGGGCCUCCGGCAACCUGCACUCACCAAGCGAAACGCAGAGGUAAACCUCUACUUCACGCUGGUAUUCUGUGAGGUCGUGGUACCACCCCGGUUCGAGCCGGCCCAUCCGUGCGACAGCAAUUCUGCCGCGUGGCUCUACCACUGUUAAAAAGAUUAUAUUAUAAUCUUUUUAACAGUGGUAGAGUACCACUGGUAAAAAGAUUUUAUUAAUAUAACCAUUUUGUUGGUUAGAUUUUUGAUAAUUUUAAUGAAUAUUUAUCUGUUGUAUUAGUAUUAAGACAACCUGAUGAGACAUGUUAGGAGACAAUGGAUGCGGGUGGAUCAGGUCUGUUCUUUGUAUUUUUUAGGGGAAUUCAAUCAGUAGUGAACUUAUGAUGGUCUGAUGAAUUACAAGAAUAUUUAAUAAGCUUGAUUAUUUAAUACUUUCUCAUACUAUUUAAGAUUAUAUUCUUGUACUAUAUUUUUGUGUGUGAAAUGAAAAUAUUUUGAAACACCAGUGCUGGCAUUCAAUAAAAAAACUACAUAGUAAUAUAUAAUUUUUUUAUCACUGAUAUUUUAUUUGUACAUUAUUAAACCCACCCACGUAUUAGGCUUGCUUCUAAGAUAUAUUAUUUUAUAUUAAAAUUCUAUGAAUUAAUAUUAGGUGACAUGCUCUAUGCAAUCUUUUUUAAUUAUAAAAUUAAUAUAAUACUAUAUUAAAUAUAAUGUUUUGUUACUGCAUGGACCUAAUGAUCAAAGUAAUGGUUCCAUAAUGAAUUUCAGCUGGCUACGGGGAAAGUAUUGUAAAAACAGUAUGUAAUUAUUUUCUGCCGACUUCAAAAAGGAGACGGUACUCAAUUCGACUGUAUGUUUUUUUUAAUGUGUGUUACCUCAUAACUUUUUACUGGGUUAACCGAUUUCGAUGUCCUUUUUUUAUUUGAAAGCUAGUACUGCACAUGUAGUCCCAUAUGAAUUUGAUCAAGGUCAGACCAAUAGUUUUUGAGUUAUUCAUAACAAUUUAUAUUGAAGUCGGCUGUACAAAAUUUUUAAUUUUGGAAUAUUUCAUGGGUUAAAUUGUGUUAACAGGUUUAUAUGGGAAACAUACCAAUAAUAAUUUAUUGCUAUAUGUCUUUUCAGCAUCCUAUCUACCCUCCAAUCUUAUUGCAUGAGCAUUAAAUCAGACCAAAAUAGACUAGUAUGCGUAUAUGCCUUUGUGUAAAGGCAGAAGUUUGUAGUACUAUAAUUUCUCCUGUAUAAAUACACAAAGAAUACACAGCUACUUACAGCAUGCAGUUGUUGUCAUAGUGGGCCAGAUGAACCUUAUUUAAAGUAUAAAUUGUAAUUUAAACCUCUUGUUUAUAAUUUUCAGGAUGGUGAGGAGGCGGCAGCAUUGGUUAAGGAACUUGUGUUAAUUGUGCAGAGGCUAGGCGCCUGCACGGGCCGUAUGGAAGAGGGCGCUCUUAGAGUUGAUGCCAAUGUCUCUCUAAGGCGUUAUGGAGAACCUCUUUCUACAAGAACUGAAAUUAAAAACAUUGGUUCAAUUCGCGGUGUAGCAGCUGCUAUUCGCCAUGAAAUCGAGCGACAACGAUCCUUGUUAGAAUAUGGUGGCAAAAUUAUAAAUGAAACUCGAUCUUGGGAUGCUGUUAACAAAGUAACCGUGGCUAUGCGUGACAAAGAAGUUGUUCAGGAUUAUAGGUUUGUAAUGUUUGCAUGAUUGUAUUAGCUAUACUUUCAAAUGAACUCACUUAGGUAAUAUGUUAUUGUAUUGUGUCAUUAAUAUAAAUAUAUAUUUUUUGCAAAACUAUUAUUAAUAUGUGGGUUCAUAAUAAAAUGAUAAUCUGUAUAAUGUGAUAGUAGGAUUUUCACUAAUGAAGAAUUUAUAAAUAAAUGGUUACUGAAUAUUGACUUCCAUAAAGUUGUUAAAUAUUAUUGCAAUAUUGCCAACAAGCAAUGUUUCAAACAACUCGGUAAAAGAUGAACAUAAGAAAAUAUGUCUUAUAAAUUAGUUUGACAUGAGCUAUUUAUUAAUUUAUUAUUUUAUAAUAUAUAUCUUAUAUCCUGCUUUGAUUUUAAUACUUUAUAACAUUUUUUCUUACUUAAACUUUUUUUCUUUGCAAGACAUUCCUUUUAUAGUGUGGGGGCAGAAGUCGUUUGUUUAUAAAUAAUGAUAUUUAAUAAUAUUUUACUGUCUCAUUUGAAGUUUCCACUACUAAAAAGAAAUCUCGAACAAAAAAAAAAAUUAAAUUAAUAGAAGUCUGGUGAGUACUGAGGCGAAAGGGGUUUCUAUUCAAAGCUUCUGUUAUUUUGUCAUAGUUCGUAGUUCAGUGUGUAGACAACAUUGUUGUGAAAAAGUUAGUGAAUUAGAAUAGUUAUAUUAUGCUAUUCGUAGCAUGUAAAUUUAUUUAAUUUUGACUUGCUUGUGUAAAACGUAAUAUUGAUAGUGUCAAAGAUAUUUAAGUUGCAUAUAAUGUAAUAAUUUAAAUAAAAAAAAAUAUAAUAAAAUUGUUUUAGGUAUAUGCCCGAGCCUAAUCUUCCACCACUACGCGUUAAUUUACGCACGAGGGAAGAGACACAAGACGUUCUUAGCGUUCCUCUAAUAAAAGAUCGCAUACCAGAGCUCCCCGAAGAUUCUAGAAGGAAACUCAUUGAACAAUUUUCUUUACGACCAGAAGUUGCUAUUCAACUUGUGAACGAACCUGUUCUAUUACAUUACUUCCUCGAAUUAACAAAUCAAAACACUAGAAACCCUACUAAAGUAGCUAAUCUUUUACUUAAUGAUCUCUUAACUGUACUUAACAAAAGAAAGGUUGAUGUUGAAGAUUGUGUCAUAACAAUUAGACAAAUAAGAGAACUAACUGACAUGCUCCUAAACAAACAAAUUAAUUUGGAGAUAUGUCGGAAAGUCCUAGACGAACUUCUCGAUAGUGCCAACGACACAUCACCUUUAGAUAUUAUUACAAAGAAAGGGUGGUCUAUAGUAACAGAUGAAGAAGAAAUAAUUAAGCAUUGCACAGAAGUCAUAGAGAAUAAUCCAAAGCUAGUAAAACAAUAUAAAGAAGGAAAAGUAAAAGUAUUUAAAGCAUUGCUAGGGAUUUUAGCUAAAAAUACGUCAAACAAAGUUGAUAUGUCGAUUGCGGCUGCAAAAAUGGAGGAAAUGUUAAAAAAAUAAUAAAAGUGUUAU